AUGAGCAGUAUGAAGGUUCAACUGGUGUCGAAAGAGCUCAUCGAGCCGUCUUCCCCAACUCCAAAUCAUCUCAGAAACUUCCAACAAUCUUUCAUCGACGAGAUGAUUCCUAAUUUUUACAUCCCUCUGGUAAUUUACUACAACCUUAAUGAAGAAAAAGGCACUGUCCAAUCCCAGAUGUCUUGCAGGCUCAAGAGUUCACUGUCAGAUGCUUUGGUCCAUUACUACCCCUUGGCUGGAAGGACGAAAGGCCAGGCUUCAGUCGAUUGCAACGACAAGGGGAUUGUGUACAUUGAAGCUGUUGCUGACGGUAGGAUAUCCGAGGUCGUUAAAACUACGGACUCUCUUAUCUUGGACAAGCUUAUCCCUUUCAAAUCCAGGGGCUUUGUUGCAAAAGCUGAGGAACUGCUGGCAGUUCAGGCUACACGGUUUGACGGUGGAAGAAUCGCUGCCGGCAUAUGCAUUUCACAGAGUGUAGGAGAUUUCUGCACCCCCAGCUCUUUUUUUGUUGAAUGCUGGAAGGCUAUAGCAUCCGGGGAGGCUAACAGAGUGAUCUACCCUGCAUAUAACUCUGCAACACUCUUUCUACCACUGAACAUGUCAGAUUUUGCGCCCGCGCCCAGUAGGAAAAGCCCGGCUUUCCAGCCUCAUUCUGUAAAACUUGCCAUGAAAAGGUUUACUUUCACUUCCUAUAUAAUGAAUGAAUUGAAAAUGAAGGUAAAGGAAGGCUCUUCAGUAGCAAGGCCUACCCGCAUAGAGGUUCUUUCGGCAUUCUUGUGGAGCCGGUGUCUAAUGGCCAAAAAUGCUGGGAAAUCACACAAGUCUGUGGCAUAUCAUCCGGUGAAGUUGCGAGGAAGGAUAAAGGAAUUGACUCAGCAUUCGUUCGGCAACAAUUUCCAAAUGGUGAAAGCUAAAAAUGACAGUGAAACCAACUGGAUCCUCUUGGUGGAGAAGCUGAGUACUGCAUUUAGUAAAAUCAACAGUGAGUACACAGAAAAACUGUUAUGCGAAAAAAGGAUUCAAUCUCUCAAGGGAUAG